GAGUUUGGGCGUGGCGGUGUACCUGCUUUGCUCGUGGCGCAUCUCAGGUGUCGUGUUUUCCUCCGCCGUGGCUCUUUCGUGUAGCUACGCGCGCGGCUGGUAGCGACGCAGAACGCCUAUUCCGGCGCAUUCAAAUGAACCGAGGCGAAGCCCGAAAGAAACAUGUUUACCUCGUAGCUUAUUCUGACAAAAAAAAAAUGAUUUGUUUUUAAAUGGCUUCAUUUCGAUAAGUUUUAACCUGUCGUGUAAAUAACAGUGGGCGAAACAAUGAAAGACAUACACCUGCCGUCCGAUUCAUGUAUCAAUGGUUCAGUAAUAAGGAUCUUCUGUCCUACGUCCGCCUCUGUUUGUGUGUUUGACACGGGUGUUGGCAACACGUCUUUUAGCGUAGACAGCUCCAAUAAAAACUCUACAGUCAACGCAGCAGUUCUCACCAUCGACAAAUGGAGCAACUACAAUUUCUGGACGGGCUUGACGCUGGCCGUGCUCUCAGCUUUUCUUAUAGGAGGAAGCAUUAUCCUGAAGAAGAAGGCGUUGCUGCGUUUGGCCAGUACUGGAGAGACGAGAGCAGCUGAGGGAGGUCAUGGUUACCUGAAGGACUGGCUGUGGUGGGGAGGCCUUUUGACAAUGGGUGGUGGGGAAGCUGCAAAUUUCGCAGCGUACAUGUUUGCUCCAGCCACCGUGGUGACCCCUUUAGGAGCUCUCAGUGUUCUUAUCAGCGCAGUUCUGUCCUCCCACUUGUUCGGAGAAACAAUGAAUCUGCUAGGAAAACUUGGCUGCAUGCUCAGCAUACUUGGAAGCACUAUAAUGGUUAUACAUGCACCUGAAGAGGAAGAGGUGACGACGCUUACAGAGAUGACAGAGAAACUGCUGGAUCCUGGUUUUCUGGUAUUUGCCAGCAUCCUGCUGGUCACUUGUAUGGUCCUGAUCUUCUACGUCUCUCCUCGUUUUGGUCAAACCAACAUAUUAGUCUACAUCAGCAUCUGCUCUCUGCUCGGAUCCUUCACCGUGUCCUCUGUCAAGGGCCUCGGCAUUGCGAUCCGCACCAUGUUCUCUGAUCUUUCAGUGGUCCGUCACCCUCUCACAUGGAUUCUUUUGCUCACCCUGAUUGGAUCCAUCAUCAUCCAGGUCAACUAUCUGAACAAGUCGCUGGAUACCUUCAAUACGCUCUUGGUGUACCCCAUCUACUACGUCUUCUUCACCACUGUGGUCCUGAGCACCUCUGUGAUUCUCUUUAAAGAAUGGGGAGCCAUGUCAGGCGUGGAUGUGGUGGGCACCAUCGGGGGCUUCUUGGUGAUUGUGAUUGGGGUGAGCAUGUUACACCUCUUCAAAGACUUGAACGUGAGUUUUGAAGAUCUAAGAAGCAACCUUUGUCAGCCAGAGAGUCCUUCAAAGAGGGAGGACAAACACAUCCUCAUAGAGAACAUAGAGAGCCUGCCGCCCAUGAGAGAGGAAGGUCCCAGAGUCUUCAUCAUCAGCUGAGAUUGUAUCGGUUUAUGAAUAUAUUCACACUUAAUCUUAAUUUCUCUGCUGAAGGCUGUUGUACUAUGAUGCAGUGAUUUGGAUUGGCUGCUGCUGAGUACAGUAAUGAUGCAGAUUUUUUUUCAAAAUAUUAUUUUUGCUAUUACUCAAGACUUGAAUGAACUUUUAACAACCUCUGAAACGGCAUUAACAGAGCAUGACGCAGCAGAACUUCAAGUCGUGCUGCUGAGAACUGCCAUCGAAGCAUAUAAUAUGCAAAAUAUAUAUAUAUAUAUAUAUAUUUUUUUUUUUCCUCUUAAUGGAACUGUGUGAGUGACCUUGACAUAGAUCAGUGAAUCUAAUAAGGCUGAUGAUACACCAGCUUUUUUAAACAAUGUUGCUUGUGCACUUUUCAAUUGACAAUGGGUAAAACAUUUAUUUACAAAUUUAUAUCUGGAUAAUUUAGAUCAGUCCGUCCUGGUCGACUGUUUACAACAGCAUUUCCUAAAGAUGCCCAGCAACAUUGUUCAAAAAGUUGCCCAGUGUAUCAUAAAAUAUUUACAUAAAUUUUGAAAGGAAAAUAAAGAUCGUUUCAUGUUGCACA